AUGGCGGCUCCUACGGCCAGCGCUACCGAGCGCGUGGGCCACACCAUCGAGCUGCUCGUGCCCGUGUACGCAGAGGUGUGGCAACAGUCUGCUGAUGCUGUCGCAGCGACGACUGUCUCUGCGUCGCUCGAGCGCGCCGCAGACGACUGGCUGCAGCUCGUGUUCCCGCUCUCUAACGUGCGCAAGGACGUGGCGUGCGUAAACAAUGGGCGCACCUGCCGCUGCAAUUUGGUGCGCUUCCUGUGGUCGGUGCUGGUGCUCAUGGAGCGGCGUGUCGUGCGCGUAGACACGACGUACGUCGUGAGGCCUCGAGCUGGUGGCGUGGCACCGGUGGCGACGCUUCGGCUGCACGUGCGCGUGCAUCGAGACGCCGAGUGCGGCGCGUCGCUCAGGGGCUUUGGCUUUGUGCUGUGUCAUUUGCAAGCCAGCGCGCUGUCAAGGGUGCCAGGCGAUCCACCCCAGACAGGAGAGAAGGCUGUUGAAGCUGCGUUGGAAGCCGCCAAGACGAGCUCGUGCCAUGUUGUUGGCUGCCGACUGCACCAGUGGAAGUCCUCCCAGUGCAUGACUCAGUCCAAGCAGAAGCUCAACUUGCCGGAUGUGUUUGCCAGCUUGACGAGCCAGACCGACGUGGACCAGAUGGAGGUCCGCGACGAUGCCACGUACGUGGCUCGAAUGGCACGCGAGAAGAAGCAGGUCUUCAUGACUGACAUGGCUACAAACGUGCUGCGGCGUAUCAUAUGUUUGAUGAACGCACGAGACCUUGCGUCCGCUGAGCUGCGUCGGCGAGGCUUAAAGUGGAUGCUGCACCGCGAGACGCCGUCGCUGACGUGCAGUCCUCAGCCACAUCCGUUUCUUCUAUCGUCUGGAUUCGAAAGUGACUCGGCCAUUGACUUGGUCGAAGACAGAGUCGUCUCGAAUCCGCGCGUGAUGGUAAGUGACGGUUGUGGAGGCAUGUUCUGCGAUGAGCCAGGUCUUGGCAAAACCAUUACAAUGCUGGCACUGAUUCUGCGAACGAAAGGACAAAGUACAGACAGCACGCCGAUCGACACACAUGGCCCUGGUGGCGACACGGCCCGGCCAGGCCUGCGUUCGUCUAGGUCUCGUGGCCGCUCGGUGAAUGUGAAAGACCUGAUAAGCUCUAGGGCGUCACUGCUCGUUGUGCCAGAUCCGCUGGUGGAACACUGGAAGUACCAAGUCGAAGCUCACGUUGCACCGGGCGCAUUGCGCGUAUUUGUUGACCCUGGCGUCGAGCACCAGUUACCGCACAAUCUGGAUCUCGCUCAGUACGAUGCUGUAAUCACGUCCUUUACCAGACUGGCGCGGGAGUGGAGACUUCACCGACCAACUUCUGCUUUGGAGGAGCGUAUGCCCGAACGUUACGGAUUUGAAGGUCCACAAAGGUAUGCCGAUGGAACCUGUCGCGGAGAGGUAUCGUCCCUUUUGACGGUUCACUGGGUGCGAGUGAUUGUUGACGAAGGGCACAAACUAGGCGGCCAGACUCCGUCAGACUUGAUGCAACUGGCCCGGCUGCUCUGUGCCGAACGACGUUGGGUGAUGACCGGAACGCCGACGCCAAACACCCUCCAAUCGGCGGAUCUCCGCUACAUGCAUGGACUGUUAGUGUUCCUUCGCAACUUGCCUUAUGGGAGCCCAGACGGACAGGCGUGGACGAAGGCAAUUGCUCGUCCGUUUGAGCGCAACGAGCUCAUCGGGUUUUGUCGCUUGCAGUCGCUUCUCAGCCGAAUCAUGAUGCGGCACACAAAAGCGACGAUUCGUCAGAUAUUGCCGGAACCAAUUCGACGCACUGUGUUUAUUGACCCUACGCCAUCCGAGUAUGCGCAAUACAACGGAGUCGCCGCAGCAGUCCGUGCCAACUUAGUCAUUACGAAUAUGGAUCCCGACAGCCCCGGCCGUCUGCAUCCGGAUAGCCUGUUGAACCCAGUCAAUCGGAAAGAGGCGUUGCGUGUUGUCUCGAACCUUCGGUCUGCAUGUUGUGGUGGGUCUGCUGUAAAAGUUUCGCUGACUGAGGCUUCUAGGCUGGAUACGAUCAAUAUGCUAAGUGCACUCAGAGUGGACGGGGACAAUAUGUCAGUCGUGCUGGAAUAUCUCCGUAGAGUGCAACUGCAAGGAGUUGUCACGGAAUGUGGAUGUUGCAGACGGAAGCUACAGCUGCUCAUGAUCAUCCCGUGUGGACAUUUGUGCUGUGCAGACUGUGUCGAAGAUCGGAUGCGACGAGUUGGUCCCAGAUGUUUCCGCUGCAAUACAGUGUUCGAUCGCGAGACGUUCCAACGACUUCAGCCUGGCUUUGAAUUUGAAAUGGUGGAAGCUGUGGCGUUAGCGAAUAUCAACUCCAACUCGACUCAAGAUGGUCGUCAUGGAGGGCCCGCUGAUCAGGUUCAGCAGCUUGUAAAUGAAGACCAGCUGAACAAUAGAGAAAGACGUGGACGUCGGAGGCAUGGUCAGCCUCGACGCGGUCAGGAAGCAAACGGUCCGAAUGGUCCACGAGCGCCUCGGCGUGCGCUCGAUUAUACUCGUGACAUUCAUUUCAUCGAUGCCAGCAAAGCAUUUUACGCUGCAACCAGGAUCAAGGAGCUAAAGAAGGAGUUUCGGCUCGGUGUCACAUCUCCCGACGGGCGAUCUCCGCAACGUCAGACGCGUCAUCUCAAGGCAAUCGUCUUUUCACAGUUCAAGGAGCACAUUUGGCAUACCAAGGUUGCAUUUGCUCAACAAGGCGUGCCUACAGCUGACUUUAUUGCUGGACGGAGCCCAGAACUGCGCAUGAAGCACCUGAUGAGAUUUCGCAAGGAUCCUAACGUGAAUGUCCUGUUGCUGACGGAGGUUGGCUCACACGGCUUGGACCUUUCUUUCGUUACGCACAUCUUCCUGAUGGACGAGAUCUGGGACAAAUCGCUGGAGCAGCAGGUCAUAAGCCGGGCUCAUCGAAUGGGUGCAAGUCAAGCCGUCGUGGUGGAGCAAUUGUGGAUGCGAGGCAGUGUAGAGAGCCUCGUCCUGAGACCUUGUGAAACGGAGGCCAGUCAGACCGAUGUGAAUGAGGCCGAUGCAGAAGCUCUAGCUUCUCCCACUCGACCAAAAGCACGCGGGAACGACUCGCUGCGGGGAUCACCGAAAAAGGCUAACACAGGCGCAGGUACAAUGUUUGCUGCUCCAAGUAAGAAACGCAAGCGGCACCGGACAAGCGCAGAUGAUGCCCGAAAAGUCACACAAGGCAACAAGCAGACUGCUUUGCAACGGAAACUCGAAUACGUGCUGAACAACUUGCGCUUGCUUGGAGAAAACGUUGUCGCAGAGCCUGGCCAAGUGCGCUUUUACGUGGAGAACGGGCGCAAGGACGUAAUUUGCCAAGCAGUUCACGUCAUGCCCUUCCAAGGCUCUCGUGGAAGCACUUUUCUGACGGCGUCCACUGGGCCACCACCAGCACGAUCACUGACAACUACUUCACCACCAGCAGCUCAAGCACAGACAGCUGCUUUGCCAGCACCAGCUCGAGCACUGAUAGCUGAUUUGCCACCAGCACCAGCACGAGCACUGAUAACUACCUUACCACCACCAGCUCAAGCACUGACAGCUGCUUCACCACCACUAGCUCGAGCACUGACAGCUGCUUUGUCACCAGCAGCACGAGCACUGACAGUUACUCCACCAGUCCCAACAGGCGAGACAAGUGCGCGUCCACGGCCCCAAGUAAGACGUACGGUUGCAUUCGCAAACGAGACUUUCCAGAGCGAGAGCCGUCCUUGUCCCAGUCAGCGCCCCGCCCCAGUUGACAUCAUUGUGAUUGACAGCUCUUCUGACGAAGAAAGCACGAACAAAAGCACUGCAAAUGAUGAUCUGGACAACGCGGAAGCGGCAGUAACGGCUCAGAACGCUCGACGUCGGUGGGCAGAGGCAAGCCGUACUGUUGCAGCUGUGGACUCAAGCGACGAGGAUGAUGUAGCCGCCGCCUCACCGUCUCCAGAGAUUGUGCAUGUGACGAAGACAGUGGUGGAUGCGACCGCAAAGACGGCCGAUGAGACACAUUCUGAGGUCGAGACAGUGUCAGUUGUCCAGAUUGACGACGACGACGAUACCGACACAGAGUGA